AUCGCUGCACCGCGGUGAUUCUCUCUAUAACGCCAGUCACCUACAUACUGUACGUCUGCCUCCCCAGCCAGUUACCAUUCAAGUGUGGUUGGUUGAAACAAAAUCCUCUGGAUUUGUACAUUGUGGACCUGCAUCUUCCACCUCUGUUUGUAAUGGAGUACUUUUGUGAGUAUCUUCCCCAACACAUAAGAGUCAGAUUGUGAAACACGGGAACCGGUUUAUAUACAACCAUAAUCAUCUAAGCGAUGGAUCACCAUUCCCAUGGAGAGACCCAGACCUCGCUCACUGACCUCUUGCUGGAUUAUCUAAAGGAUCUCAGUGAUGAAGAGUUGAAGGAGUUUAAACUGCGUCUCCCAGUGAAUAAAGAGUUAAAGCCCCUUCCCAAGGGUCAGAUGAAAACCUCGGGCAGAACAGACUUCGCCGAAAUGAUGAUGAAUUCCUACAGUAAAGCCGGGGCUCUCAAAGUCAUGCUUGAGAUCCUGAAGAAGAUGAACCUGAAUGACCUUGCUCAGAGACUGAAGGAAGACCUGCAGAAGUGUAAGCAAGCAGGAAGUGAGCAGAGUGACAUGUUGGAGACGAGUCAACUCAUGUUGCACAAAAUAAAAUGUUCCUUGAAAGAGAAAUUUGAGUGUGUGUAUGAAGGGAAAGCUAAGGAAGGACAGCGAAUACUUCUCAGUGAGAUUUACACAGAACUCUACAUAACUGAAGGUGGGACUGGAGGAGUCAAUGAUGAACAUGAAGUGAGACAGAUUGAAACAGCAUCCAAGAAAAGGCGAACAGAAGAUACUACAGUCAAGUGCAAUGAUAUAUUUAAACCCUUAUCUGGGCAUAAGACACCUAUCAGAACUGUACUCACUAAAGGGGUGGCAGGUAUCGGGAAAACAGUCUCUGUGCAGAAAUUUAUUCUCGACUGGGCAGAAGGAAAAGCAAACCAGGAUGUUCACUUCAUAUUUGCUCUCCCUUUCCGGGACUUGAAUUUGAUUAAGGGUGAAUACAGUCUGAUUAAACUGCUUCACCGCUUUGUCCCAGAACUGAAAUCACUGAAAUCCACUGAGUUAUUUGGGUACAAAGUCUUGUUCAUCUUUGAUGGUCUGGAUGAGUGUCGCCUUCCUCUAAAUUUUCGGAACAAUGAGAGUUGGUUUGACGUAACAACAAAAAUGUCACUGGAUCUGCUGUUGACUAACCUCAUUAAGGGGCAUCUGCUUCCAUCCGCUCUCCGCUGGAUAACCUCCCGGCCAGCAGCAGCCAAUCAGAUACCUCCUGAGUACAUCCACCGGGUGACAGAGAUACGAGGGUUCAGUGAUGCCCAGAAGGUGGAGUAUUUCAGGAGGAGAUUCAGUGAUGAGAGCCUGGCCAGCAGGAUUAUCACACAUGUGAAAUCAUCAAGGAGCCUCUUCAUCAUGUGCCACAUACCUGUGUUCUGCUGGAUUUCAGCCACUGUGCUUAAGAGGCUUUUUACUGAGAAUGACAGGGGAGAAACUCCAAGGACUCUGACUGAAAUGUACACACACUUCCUGAUUCAUCAGGCAAGUUUUAAAAAAGACUCGUAUAUGAAAAACUAUGAAAGCAAGCUAAAUGAAAACAGCAAGGAAUUCCUUUUGAAACUUGGUAAAUUGGCUUUUGACAACCUUGAGAAAGGCAAUCUCAUAUUUUAUAAGCAAGAUCUGACAGAGAACGACAUUGAUGUCACUGAAGCUUCAGUUUUCUCUGGAGUGUGCACAGAAGUCUUUAAAGAGGAGUAUGGGUUGUACCAGGAGAAGGUGUACUGCUUUGUGCAUCUGAGCAUCCAGGAGUAUCUCGCUGCUUUAUAUGUGUUUCUGUCAAACUCAUCAGCUGACCUGCUGAAGACUGCAGUGAAUCAGGCAUUAGAGAGCAAGAAUGGACACUUGGACCUCUACCUCCGCUUCCUCCUGGGCCUCUCAACAGAUUCCAGUAAGACUCUGUUACAAAAGCUACUGGGGCCGACAAGAAUCAGGUCACAUACCAUUAUGGAAACAUCCCAAUACAUCCGUCCAUCCAUUUUCCAAACCGUUCAUCCGUUAGGCUUGCUGGGAGUCCUGAACCUAUUCCGGAAACCAUGGGCACGAGGCAGGGAACAACCCAGGACGGGGGGCCAGCCCAUCACAGCAACCCAAUACAUCAAGGAGAAAAUACAGGAGAACUUAUCUCCAGAAAGGACCAUCAACCUGUUCCACUGUCUGAAUGAACUUGGUGACAAUUCUCUAGUAGAGGAAGUACAAAGAUACCUGAAUUCAGGAAACAUUUCAGCAGAUGACCUCUCACCUGCACAGUACUCAGCUCUGGCCUUUGUGAUGCUGAUGUCAGAUGAAGACCUGGAUGUGUUUGACCUGAAAAAAUACAUCAGAUCAGAUGAAGAGCACUGCAGGCUGCUGCCUGUGGUCAAGAACUCCAGGACGGCUCUGCUGAACAACUGUGAUCUCAUAGAUAAACACUGUGAAGUGCUGUCUUCAGCUCUAAGAUCAAACUCGUCUCCCGUGAGAGAGCUGGACCAGAGUGAGAAUAACCUGAAGGAUUCAGGAGUGAAGCUGCUCUCUGCUGCACUGGGGGAUUUACACUGUAAACUGAAGAUAUUGAGGCUGUCAGGCUGUAGAGUCACAGAAGAAGGCUGUUAUUCCCUGGCUUCAGCUCUGAAGUUAAACCCCUCACACCUGAGAGACCUGGAUCUGAGCUACAAUCACCCAGGAGAUUCAGGAGUGAAGCUGCUCUCUGCUGUACUGGAGGAACCCAGCUGUAAACUGGAGAAGCUGCAGAUGGGCUGGUGUGAACUCACAGAGAAAUGCUGUGAGGCACUGGCUUCAGCUCUCAGAUCAAACUCCUCACCCCUGAGAGAGCUGGACCUGAGUGACAAUGACCUGCAGGACUCAGGAGUGAAGCUGCUCUCUGCUGGACUGGGGAACUUACACUGUAAACUGGAGAUACUGAGGUCAGUCUGACUGGGUAUUCCACACUGUAAACUGGAGUUACUGAGGUCAGUCUGACUGGGUAUUCCACACUGUAAACUGUGGGUAGUGAGGUGAGUAUUACUGGGUAUUUCACACUGUACGCUGGAGAUAAUAAGGUGGAACAUAGCUAAUGAUUUCAAAAUAAAGCA